UUUUCUAUAAUUGAAAAAGACCGCCAGGGGGUUCUUGCGGUAAGUAAAGUCUCCUCCUCCUCCAGGCUCCAGACGAGUUGGAAAGAGAAAAACAGGAUUGAAUUGCAAUGGCAUCAUGGAAUUCAAUUCCAUUGGAAAUCACCUACGAAACGUUUGGAUGGAUCGCCUUCUUUUCAUGGUCUAUCAGUUUCUAUCCUCAAGUAAUCUUGAAUUUCCGACGCAAGAGUGUGGUGGGGUUGAACUUUGAUUUCGUGGUGUUGAAUUUGACGAAACAUUCUUCGUAUUUGAUAUACAACGCUUCUCUUUACUUUAGCUCUGCUAUUCAACACCAGUACUUUGAAAAAUAUGGCCACGGAGAGAUGAUACCUGUAGCUGCAAAUGAUGUUGCUUUCUCAAUUCAUGCUGUUUUGUUAACAGCAAUUACAUUAUUCCAAAUUGUAAUCUAUGAUCGUGGAAAUCAAAAGGUCUCUAAGAUUUCUAUUGCAACUGUGUGUGUUGUGUGGUUAGUUGCUGCAGUAUGUUUUUUUAUAGCUUUGCCUAGCCACUCUUGGCUGUGGCUCAUCUCCAUUUUCAACUCCAUUCAAGUUUUUAUGACUGUCAUCAAGUAUAUUCCUCAGGUGAUCAUGAACUUCAUGCGAAAGAGCACAGAUGGCUUCAGCAUUGGAAACAUUUUACUUGAUUUUCUUGGAGGGGUGACAAAUUAUGCUCAAAUGGCAGUGCAAUCUAUAGACCAAAAUUCUUGGGUGAACUUCUAUGGCAACAUAGGAAAAACGUUGUUAUCUUUGGUGUCUAUAUUCUUUGACGUUGUAUUCAUGUGUCAACACUAUAUCUUGUAUCCUGAGAAGAAAGUUGUUCCUUCCAAACUCAACAAGGAGGGAACAGAGCCACUUAUCAGGUUUUCUGAGGAGCGAGCUGCGCCAGAAAAUGUGUAAGCCUUGUACAUGGUGGGGUUUACAAAGAAUGAUUGACGAAACUGGAGACGUACCCGCAGUGAUCAAACUAUCGGGACCACUUAGAUUUGGUCCCUAACUUAUCAGUUGUGUAUCAAACAUCUUGAUUUUAU